AUGGCGGCGGAUGCGACGGCGCCGCUCAAGUUUACCGGCUCGAAAUUUCUCGUCCAGCGACUCGUGCUCGCAACACUGACCGGAAAGGCUGUGCGCAUUUCGCAUAUCAGAGCCGCCUCACAUCGCUCUCCGGGCCUCGCGCCGCACGAAGUCUCCAUCCUGCGUCUCCUCGAGUCGCUCACAAACGGAUCGCAAAUCGAGUUCUCCUACACCGGAACAACGGUGCUUUACAAGCCUGGCUUGAUCACCGGCAGCGCAGCCGGCCAUGGCGCUUCUGGAGGCGUGAUAAGGCAUGAACUCCCGGCGGAUUGCACGAGAGGCGCGAGCUACUUCAUCAUCCCAGUUUGUCUGCUUGCGCCAUUCUCGAAAGCGCAAGUGAAUGUCCUUUUCACCGGCCCGGGCGUCAUCACCAGCGCAACAGAGACUGGAGACGUCAGUGUCGACACCGUCCGCACUGCCAUCCUCCCGCUGUUCAAAAGUUUUGGCAUCGAACUCAACAUUGAGCUGCGGAUCUUGAAACGCUCCAAUCCCGGUCGAGACGGCAAAGGCGGCGGAGGCGAGGUGCAGCUUGUUUUUGGUCACCAAGUGCGCCUGCCGAAAACCAUUCACCUUCUACAUGCGGGGCGAGUGAAACGCAUUCGCGGCGUGGCUUAUUCUACAGGCGUGGCCGGCGCCAACAACGCCCGACUGAUCGAGGCGGCGAGAGGCGUGCUCAACGAGCUCGUCCCGGAUGUCUAUAUCUAUUCCGAUGUUUCCUCGGCGCCAUUUGUGCCAACCCAAGACAAGACCAACCCCAGGGCGAAGCGGAAGACCGGUCUGGGCUUCGGACUGAGUCUUGUGGCCGAGACCACAACCAACACUCUCUACUCCGCCGACACUGCCAGCCCACCGAGUGGCGGCGAGACGCCGGAGGAUCUUGGCAAGAAGUGUGCCUAUCAGCUGCUCGAAGCCAUUGAGACAGGAGGCUGCAUCUCACACGUCUCUGCCUUUCCCAUGCUGAGUCUGAUGGCCAUGGGAAGUGAGGAUGUGGGGCGCAUCACUGUUGGGAAGGAGGUCCUCGGUUCAGAGCCCGUCAUUCAGCUUGCCAGGGAUUUGAGGAUGUUUGGGAUGAGCGGCUGGGGCAUGCGAGAGGAGGAGGACGGGGACGAGGAUGGGGUGGUUGUGAGUGUUGUUGGGAGAGGGGUGGGAAAUGUCGGGCGGAAGAUUGCGUGA